AAUUCAUACUCCUCUUAAAGAGAAGUGGAUGGUCCCCGUGUUGCCUGCUCCAGCAAGGUCUGCGAUGCUGAGAACUAUAAAAGGGAUCAGAAAUGAAUGAACAAUCAGACAAAAGCACUUCCACCCACGAGGAGGGACACACAGGUCAAAGUUCUCCUGAGAAAAACUGUCAGAUUGGACAGAAGCAACUGCAACAGAUAGAGCGGCAGUUAAAAUGCUUGGCGUUUCAAAAUCCUGGGCCACAGGUAGCAGACUUUAAUCCUGAAACAAGGCAGCAGAAAAAGAAAGCUCGGAUGUCAAAGAUGAAUGAAUAUUUUUCUGUAAAAUACAAAGUUAGGAAGAAGUAUGACAAAAGCGGCAGGCUUAUCUGCAAUGAUGCCGAUCUGUGUGAUUGCUUGGAGAAGAACUGUCUGGGCUGCUUCUACCCUUGUCCCAAGUGCAACUCCAACAAGUGCGGGCCCGAGUGCCGCUGCAACCGACGCUGGGUGUACGAUGACAUUGUCACCGAAUCCGGGGAGGUGGUCAGCUCGCUGCCCUAUCUGGUGUCUGACUAGGGGCCAUUGCAUGCGGGCUGGUUUGGUUCUUCUUCCCGACAGCUAAGCCAACCUCUUUCUCCAGGAUGGAUUUUAGGGCGUGGGGAAGAUGCUGGGAAAACAUACGGAAGACUCCUGUUCCCUGAAGCUGUUAGAACAAUAUAGCAUGAACGGUUGCUCUGUUCCCUUUUCUGUGUCUUCCCCAAUGCCUUCACCUUGUACCCAGAGAAGGAUGGUGCAUGAUCUCAGCAUCGCCUCCCCGGGACACCUCCAUCUCCGCUCUCAGUGAAAAAUCUCUUGCCUCUUUACUGCCUGAGAUCGUGUGGUUUUAAGAGUUUCAGAAUACUGCAGCUCGGAGCUUUUCUUACAUAGCACGUACAAUCAGACCUACUGACCCUUGCACCAGUUCCAAGUCAGAAUUGCUCUUUGAAUG